AUGGCUUCUCUCUAUAUCUUACCGGUGACAUUUUGCGCGACGGACAAUAAUUCUCAUUGAUUCUUCAUUUAUUUUUUACGUGAAAAGAAAAAUGCUAUCCCCCCUCGAAAGAUCUCCUGCCGUUUUUUAUCCGGGUCGUCAUUUAGUAUUCAAAUGAACCGCGAGUUUCAAUGAAUUGGCACACGGCUGCGCCGUGAUGUAUCGUUUGAUACCGCUCCCACAUUUUUCACUGCGCAAGUAUGACGUACCUCGUUUGACAUAUAAAGUGCGUCCGACGGGACGCGUCAGACGGGAAGUAACCCCGGUAUAGUGUGUCUAUCCUGUUUGUGUAAACUUAUCAUUUUGAGCGUCUUCCACUCACUGCUAUUAAACAAUAAAAAUGAAAAGUGGCAGCAAAUUGUUAAAAGUCCUCCUACAAGCUUCGGAAAAAGCAGCAAACAUUGCCAGAACUUGCCGUCAGAAAGAAGCCUUAUUUCAAUUAUUAGUACAAGAAAAAUCCGUAGAAGAAAAAAAUCCCCGUUUCUUCCAAGACUUCAAAACAUUAGCUGAUGUUCUUAUACAAGAAACUAUUAGACACGAUAUAGAAAUAGAGUUUCCAGAAUUGGCUAAGCUGGUGCAAGGCGAAGAAACCAAUGUAUUCAGCAAUACUUUGGGAGAAUCAAUUGUGGUUGAAAUUUGUCCAUCUAGUGAGGAAACAACAAAAUUGCUAACCAAAGUUAUGGGCAAUGAUGUUGUGGCGGCAGAGUUGCUUGCUGCUGAAGUUCAUAAGGACAUUCAGCUGUCAGACGUGCCAAUCACACUGGAGAUUCCUACUGAAUUUGACAUCAAUGAGGAUGAUCUUGGUAUUUGGAUAGAUCCCAUUGAUUCAACAGCAGAUUAUAUUAAUGCAACAGAGACGGUGGACGAAGAAACGGGCUUGUAUUUAAGCGGUUUACGUUGCGUUACUGUACUGAUCGGAGCGUAUAAGAAAAGUACGGGAGUACCAGUUUUGGGUGUGGCCAAUCAACCUUUCUGCACAAACAUGGAUUCACAAUGGUCAGGAAAAUGUUACUGGGGUUUCCUAGAGUGUGGCGUUGGUAAGACUUCCAUAAGCGAGGCUCGCAAUGUCGAUAGGAUCAUCCUACUUAGCCGCUUCGAAGACGCGGAUGUAAAAUCAAAAUUGUUAAGUAGCGGAUUCAGAUUGGUGGAGGCAACCGGAGCAGGUUACAAAAUACUGAGCGUUGCUCUUGGACAAGCUGCUGCUUACAUUUUAUCGAAGAAUUCCACUUAUAAGUGGGAUACAUGUGGACCACAAGCUCUCUUGUCAUCAGCAGGCGGAGGUAUUAUCGAGUUCAAAGAGUUCAUCAUACGUCCAAACUCGGAAAAUCUAAGUCUGAACUACUUACCGGUCGGCACGAAUUUCUCCAACAGCAGAGGCCUGAUUGCGUACAGAGAUCCUCAGAUCUUGGAAACUUUCAAGUGUAUUCUAUGUAAAACAGCUAAUUAAAAUAAAUGUUUAUGCUCGAGUUGCAUAAUGACAAAGCCUGAAAUUCUAAAGGUCUCUUUAUAGUAGCUGUACGAUCAAAUAUCUUUUUGAAUUUCAGUCGAUAGAUUUUACGUGGAAAAGUUCCAAAAUGACGUUCUUCCGAAAUUUCUUCGAGAAUAUCUUUUUUACUCGAAGAAAACACUCGGCGAGUUAAUUAACAUGAUAAUAUUUAUUGAUCAGGCAAAUAGAUUGUUAUAUAUCAUUUGCUAAUCGAUGUAGCUAACAUUUAAUUGUGACAUGUUAAAUGUGGCUCCAAAUAUAGAUUAUUCAAUGUA